CACCCCUCCCCCACUCCACCCCCACGCCCCUGCUUCCUUCCCUUCUCUGUUUUCAUCAUUAUCUAUCAUCAUCAUACUUUAUUUUUCAUGUUUUAUUAUAUCUAAACACACACACACACACACUGAACUUUGUGUGUAUUGUGGUAAAUAUAUUCAACGCAUAAUUUGCCAAGAAGGAAGAAGAAGAAAUAAUUUAAAUAAAGAAAGCAGAUAAAGGACUUUGUCAGUCAAGAUCAGAUUAAACUCCACCGCCUUUAGGACUGCAUAUAGAACUGGCUUGGUGUUGUUUAAUGGGUAACCGGGGGCAGAAAAGAACUGAAGCUGCCGAUGAACUGCCUGCGGAUAAACGAGCCUGUAGCAGCUCAACUGAAUUCAGGCCGAGCACUUCCAACUCGGUAGUUCAUACUACAAUGAGUUCAAUACAAGAAAGCCACCACGAUACUGAUGUCGACACGUCUUCAUCAUCAACGUCAGGGUCGAGUGAAGGUGAAAAGGACUCUGCUUACGGCUCUUGUGAGUCUGAUAAUAGUUAUAGAGACUAUUACAGGAGGCAAUCGCUGGGAAAUCAAGGCAAAUUCAAAGGAGUUUUGUCAAGUUUGAGCAAGGAAUCGGACGAAUCAGUACUGUUGAUUGCUCUUACGGAGCUAUGUGAAUUGUUAUCCUUUUCUCCUGAUAGUUCGAUGUCAAACUCAAUGGCGGAUUCGUACUCUCCCAUUCUUGUAAGAUUGGCUAGACAUGAGAGCAAUCCUGAUAUAAUGCUAUUUGCUAUCAGGGCGAUGACUUAUUUAUGUGAAGUUCAUCCUCGUUCUUCGGCCUACCUUGUCAAUCAUGAUGCAGUUCCUGCCCUUUGUCAAAGACUAAUGGCAAUUCAGUACUUGGAUGUUGCUGAACAGUGUUUGCAAGCACUAGAGAAAAUCUCGCGUGAGCAACCAAUUGUUUGUUUGCAAGCUGGGGCUAUCAUGGCCGUUUUAAGUUAUAUUGAUUUCUUUUCGACAAGUGUGCAGAGGAAGGCGCUCUCAACCGUCCUAAAUAUUUGUAAAAAGCUUCCGUCUGGAUGUCCUUCACCUUUAAUGGAGGCGGUUCCGGUUUUGUGCAAUCUUCUUGUAUAUGAGGAUAGACAGCUUGUUGAGAGCGUGGCCACUUGCUUGAUUAAAAUAGUCGAGCGGGUAUGCCAGUCUUCUGAUAUGCUGGAUCAACUUUGUAGACACGGGCUGGUUCAGCGAGCCACACAUCUCAUAGAGUUGAAUGGUCGAACAACAGUUAGCCAAUCAGUUUAUGUUGGUUUUAUUGGAAUACUUGUCAAACUGGCUGCUGGAUCUAUUGUGGCUGUCAGGGCUCUCUUUGAACUUAACAUCAGCCACAUAUUAAAGGACAUUUUAUCCACUUAUGACUUCUCACACGGGGUGCCUUCUACUCUGAUGGUUGACGGGCAUUAUAAUCAGGUAGACGAAGUUCUCAAGUUGUUAAAUGAACUUCUUCCCCCCAUAUCCAGAGAGCAGAAUAUCCAACUAGCUGCAGACAAAGAACACUUCUUCAAUAAUCACCCUGUUCUUCUGCAUAAAUUUGGCUUUGAUUUAUUACCUGUGCUAAUCCAGGUGGUCAAUUCUGGUGUAAAUUUAUAUGCUUGUUAUGGCUGUCUAUCUGUCAUCAAUAAGUUAGUUUAUUUCAGCAAAUCUGACAUGCUUGGAUUUCUUCAAAAUACCAACAUUUCAAGCUUCUUAGCAGGAGUUUUUACUCGCAAAGAUCCUCAUGUUCUGAUACUAGCCCUUCAGAUUGUUGAUAAGCUGCUAGAGAAGCUGCCUCAUGUUUUCUUGAACUCAUUUGUUAAGGAAGGUGUUCUAUUUGCUGUCAAUGCACUUCUUUCCCGGGAAAAAUGUUCGCAGUCUCUGUUUUCAGUUUCAUCAGAUGAAAGCUGCCAAGGAUCAGUACCGCGUGCUGCAGUAAGAUGUCUUUGUUUUGCUUCUGAUGCUGUUCAGUCCCCAACAGGACCGGAAGCAAGGACUUGCAAGAUAGAGAAAGAGACUGUUCAAAGUCUUGCUAGACAUAUCAGAACCAGUUACUUUGCAACAGACUCAACGAACCCCAACUUUGGAAUAACCGAUGUCCUUCAGAAGCUGAAGACUCUUUCUUCUACGUUAACUGAUCUGGUUCACAGAUUUAGUAGCUGCAUGGCUCCUCUUCAAGAGAAAGAAGACUUUUACCCUGUAUUGCAUCAAAUUGUGUCAGAGUUAAGUGGAAAUCAUCCCAUUUCCACGUUCGAGUUCAUUGAGAGUGGAGUUGUAAAGUCUCUAGUGAAUUACCUCUCCAAUGGCCAAUACUUGGGACAAAAAAAGGUCAAUGGUGAUGGUUCAGUAAAUCAGCUGUAUAUUGUAGAAAAGAGAUUUGAGCUGUUUGGUAGAUUACUUUUGUAUAACUUCGACCCGCCUCUGGAGAACUCCACUUUUCUAGCUUUGAUAAGGAGAUUGCACAGUGCACUUUGCUCUGCCGAAAACUUCCCUGUUAUCUUGAGUCAUGCAUCUAAGCUACGAAACUCAUAUGCCACUAUCCCAUAUGGGCGUUGUACUUCAUAUCCUUGUCUGAAGGUCCAGUUUGUGAGGGGAGAAGGGGAGUCGUCACUUGGUGAUUAUACAGAGAGUGUUGUGAAUGUAGAUCCUUUUUUGCCUUUGGAAACAAUUGAGGGAUACUUGUGGCCAAAAGUGAGUAGAAAGAAAAGUGAAAAGUUGAAAGAAGAGUCACCAUCUCAUGCAUCACAAGAUGUAAGCACGUCUCAAGGUAAAAAUCCAGGACCCAUGGAAUCGGACACGACUUCCACCAAUGCCCAUGAAACACAGGAGGUGAAGAAUAACUUACAAUUAUCUGUUGAAGUGGAAACUGUGGAUGUAGAACAAACAAAAAGUGAUUCAAUGGAUAUUGCAGAUGUUAAUGCAGAGUCUUUGGAGAAAGGAAGACUAAAUUCGUCCGAAGAUGAUAGUGGCACAAGUUUAGAGUGUACUGCAUGUUGUGAUGAUGAAGAUGUUGCACCUAAAUUGAUAUUCUACCUGGAGGGACAGCAGUUGAACCACAAGUUGUCCCUAUAUCAAACUGUACUUCGGCAGCAGAUUGAAGCAGAGAAUGACAUCAUUACUAAUUCUAACAUGUGGAGUCAAGUACACAGGGUGACCUACAGAAGAAUUGUGAGACAUAAACCAGGUUGUCCCAAGAGUUGCAAACAUGCCGUACAUUCUACUCCGUCUGAGAAACCUACAACAUGGUGGCAGCAUACCCCAUCUUUCUCUAGCAUGUUUGGUUCUGAAAUGGUUGAUCUUGAGAAACCAAGUCCAACUUAUGACAUCUUAUUUCUUCUUCGAAGUUUGGAAGGCUUGAACAGGUUCAGUUUUCAUCUUGGGUCUCGUACAAAAAUAUAUGCUUUUGCAGAAGGAAAUACCGUCGAUUUUGGUGAUAUAAAGGUCAACACACAUUCGGAUCUACCUCAGAAUGAAUUUGCCAACACUAAAUUAACAGAGAAACUAGAACUGCAAAUGAGGAAUCCUUUUUCUGUUUCCGUAGGUGGCAUGCCAUCUUGGUGUGGACAGUUGGUUAAUUCAUGCCCCUUUUUGUUUAGUUUCGAAGCAAGAUGCAAGUAUUUCCGCGCUGCAGCAUUUGGUCGACCGCCAAUUCAGCCUGAAUCACCGUCUCAUAAUACAACAGCUGGCAUGAGUGGUCGCCGGAAAAAAAUCCUAGUUCAUCGAAGUAGAAUUUUGGAUUCUGCAAGGCACAUGAUGGACCUCCAUGCGGAUCAGAAGGCUGUUAUUGAGGUGGAAUAUAGUGAUGAGGUCGGUACUGGUCUUGGUCCGACAUUGGAAUUUUUUACCUUGGUGAGUCAUGAGUUCCAGAAGAUUGGGCUAGGGAUGUGGAGAGGUGAUCGCAUGGCUAAUGGAAGCGUGAGUGUAGAGGACGAAUCUGGAAUUAUUUUCUCUUCUCUUGGUCUGUUCCCUCGCCCAUGGUCACCUUCAUCCCAUUCAUUAAGUGGCCUAGAGUUCUCUGAAGUGCUGAAAAAGUUUGUGCUUCUGGGUCAGAUAGUUGCGAAGGCUCUCCAAGAUGGCAGGGUUCUGGAUCUUCGGUUAUCCAAAGCAUUUUACAAGCUUGUUCUUGGGAAGGAACUCACUGUGUAUGACAUCCAGUCAUUUGACCCUGAACUUGGUGGGGCCCUCCUAGAAUUUCAGGCUCUUGUUGAAAGAAAAAGACAUCUGGAAUCACGUCGUGAGGGAAAAUCAUCCUUAGACCUUGAACUUGAUUUCCGGAAUACGAAAAUUAGUGAUCUUUGUCUUGACUAUACUCUUCCUGGCUAUCCAGAUUAUGUCCUUAAUUCUGCAUCUGAUGCAAAAACGGUUGACUUGUCCAACUUAGAGAAAUAUGUUUUACUCAUUGUGGAUGCUACUUUAAAUUCUGGAAUUUCAAGGCAAAUUGAAGCAUUCAAGUCGGGCUUUGAUCAGGUUUUCCCCAUCAGACAUCUUCAGGUUUUCACUGAAGAUGAAUUAGAGCGACUAUUGUGCGGAGAGUGUGGAUUUUGGAAUGCCAAUGAGCUUCUGGAUCACAUCAAGUUUGACCAUGGUUACACUGCCAACAGUCCUCCAGUUAUAAAUUUACUCGAAAUUAUGCAGGAGUUUGACAGCAAGCAACAGAGAGCGUUUCUGCAGUUUGUAACUGGUGCACCUAGCCUACCUCCUGGGGGUCUGGCAUCUCUUAGCCCGAAGUUAACAAUUGUUCGGAAGACUUGCAGUGGUUGGGUUGAUGCUGACUUACCUAGUGUGAUGACAUGUGCCAAUUAUCUCAAGCUACCACCUUACUCUUCAAAAGAUAAAAUGAAGGAGAAGUUGCUAUAUGCCAUAACGGAAGGACAAGGCUCAUUCCAUCUUUCAUAAGGUUCCCAGGGUUGGUCAAUCAGGUACAUAGCUUGUGAAUAAUAUAGUUCAGAGUAGGUGGUGGUGAUGUACAUUCGUGACUUAGAAGAUCGUGGCAGCGGGUGGUUUGUGGAAUUGAAGGAGAGCUGAUGAUUACUGCUGCUGCACUGACUAAACUUGGUGGUUGUGUAAACAUCAAUAGUUUAGUAGUAUAAUAAUAUAAUAAUUAGAUAGUCCAGUUCUUAAAGGUGAAUUGUAUAGUGAAAAGUUCUUUGGGGGUUCUAAAGCUUGGUUUAGUUAGUUUUUGGUACAUAUAAACUAUGCACAAAACAGUUGCUGACAUAUAAUAUAUUUAAAGGUCAGCUUGAUGGAAAGAUGAAAGUGAAAUAAGGUUAAUUUACUUGUUA